UGUUCGUGCUCCUGUGGACAUAUUUCGUGAGGUCUCUUUGUUAGGUGUUUUGUGUGGAGACAUCGUUAUUCCCAGCAUCGAAUUGAAGGAUGAGGAUCGUAUUCGUGACCGUGGUGGUGGUGGUGGUGGUGGUGUGCGGCGUCGCUGCUGGAGACGUCGAUGAUAACGACGUUCAUUCUUCAGCUCGCGAGCCCCGGACGGGCGGUAUCAUCAAGUCGAUGCUGCCGUACUUCAACCUGAAGAUAAAGAACCCCUUCGAGUGCCGCCCCGGCACCCGGAUCAACGGCUACCCCGUACUGGGCACAUGCAUGUCGCAGUACGACUGUACCGCCCUCAGGGGCAGGAUAGACGGCACAUGCGCUAGUGGAUAUGGCUCGUGCUGUAUACUGGAGGCAGGCUGUGGUGACACCGUCGAGCGCAACAGGACAUACAUCAUCAACAACGGCACCACGAGUGGUACCUGCACCUACACCAUAGCGCCUAUGAAGAUAGAUUACAAGGUGAAAAAUUCGGUGUCGGAAGCGGUCGGCGCGUGUCAAGUUCGUUUGGAUUUCGAGACCUUCUCUUUAUCGCAACCCGACCAAGGCACCACAACCCCCAACAACGCGAGUGUCUGCAAUAUCGACUCCUUUGAAGUGACCGGAAACACAAACGCAUUUGGGAAAAUUUGUGGGGAAAAUCAAGGGCAGCAUAUUUACCUGCCGAUCGACUCUAAAGCGGGCACCGUGGCUACGAUCACAGUCGUCAUGAGCGGAGCCACAACCACCGCUGUUAACAGGAGCUGGCGUAUACGGACCACAUACAUUCCCUGCCUCUCCAACAUGACGGCUCCUCCCGGGUGCCUGCAAUACUUCACCGACGCCUCAGGCACGGUGAACUCCUUCAACUUGUUGCCCGCAAGCUCGACAACCCUGUCGCAGAUUGGAAACCUGAAAUACAGCAUUUGCUUCAAUAAUCAACCAAACUCUUGCGGGAUGUCGUUCUCUUCCACUCGCUUCCUGCUCACAGGGGCACCGAAUGGCGCCGCAACGACAGGGCCAGCAUCGUCGUGUGCGGAGGACUACAUCGCCACCACCGUCGUCGACAGGACUGGGGUGGCCUCCACCACCUCGGGGAGCUUCUUCUGCGGUGGCGCUCUCACUCCCUUCACUACCUACGCUCAGCCCACAGUAAUCUUCGUUCGAACGGACGGUCAAGAAACCAGCCCUACGGAUAAGAACUAUGGAUUUGCCUUAUCCUACUCCCGGGCCGGGUGCUAAGAGCCAAUGCUGCAAAACUCCUUCUCGUGUUUUUUUAAUAGCCCAGGCAAAAUUCCUUCUCGUUGCAUUUAUUUUCGAAGACAAUUCAGUCAGCUGCUCUUUUAGGCGAAAAAAAAAAAUUCGAGCUAGUCGUGUGCGCUCAUGCCUUGCUGCCAAAAAAAAAUUUGAGGCUUACAUCUCUAAGGGAAUCUUUUUCUCAUGAAGAGCAGUCAUGAUGACAGGCAAUGACGCUUGCAAAAAAGACGAGUCAGAGAUUCAAAGAUAUAAAUUAUUUAUUUAUUGGUUUCAAAGAUAUAAUUUAUUUAUUUA